GAGAAGGACACAUUCGCUCGAAAGAUGAAGGCUCUGGUGAUUCUGGUCGCUGCAUCCUGUUGCUCAGCACAGCUGGUGCUGCCGUACACGGCGCCCUGGGUGCUGCCUCAAGCGAAGCUGAUCACUACCCCUCAUGUCAAGACCGACAUCAAGACCAUUCCUUUGGUCUCCCCUUACGCCCACCCCUUCGGACAUCCCUUCGUCGCUUCCCCCUACGCCUUCCACCACGCUGCCUAUCCCUACAUCCUCAACGCCGACGCUACUCUCAAGGCCACCGAGUUCCCCUACAUCUUCCACAAGGCUGAACAGGAGCCAGCUGUAGAAGAGGCACGUCGUCGUCGCCGCGACGUGGAGAUCCCCCUCCCGUACCUGCACGCCGUGCCCACCGUCACCAAGCAAACUGUGGAGACCAAGCAGUUCGAGCCGGUCGACGCCAACACCCCCGCCGACACCACCAAGAUCGAGCUCACCACCAAGGAGCACGAGAUCUCCGUGCCCGCCGUCAAGUACGUGCAGCCCGUGGUCAACGUCAAGCCCGUCACCUACACUGCUCUCUCCCACGCCGUCCUCCCCUACGCCCACGGCCUUCCCUACGCCCACGGCCUUCCCUACGCCCACGGCCUUCCCUACGCCCACGGUCUUCCCUAUGCCUAUGGCCUUCCAUACGCCCACUACCCUAGCCUCGUCGGCGCCCCCGUCAUCAAGAUCGACGAAGAAGAGUAACUCCAACUUUCCUGUCGUCCUUGAUCCUCACAAAAAAAAUAACGACACUUUGUGAUGGAAACUCAUCCGUUGGAGUCGUCUCUGAAUCCAACAUGAAGGAUGUGGUUACCAACCUGAGUGAAAUGAAAGAAAAUAAAGUUGAGAUAACAGUUCCCGAAAAUGCUAAAUAAAAAAGCAUAUUGAAAAUUACAUACAGUGAAAAACAAAUCAGAACAUCAUCUGAAAAAAGGUGUACAUGAUGAAAUAUACAUUCAAAAUCAACCUUUUUCGAAAUAAAAUCAUUAAAAUCA